CAAAUUCCAAUUACGACAUACCAACUUACCAAGGGCAUGCGCACAUAGAAUUGUGCUAAACCCACCGCUGUCCGCUCUCGGCUUUUCUCAUCUUACCGUAGGCCAAUUCUCUUCCUUAUAUAUAAUUUUUACGCGAUUUGACAUCAGAGGAUGGAGCAAUUUGGCAUCAGGCUUCCACGGCGAGGCCAAUCUGCAUCACCUGCCCGCUCGAUCCCUGAAAAUCUUCUUCCGUUUCUCUCUGGAGAUUGCUGACAGCGAGGCUGCGGAAGCAGGCGAGGGGUUCAGGGCUGGUGACUGGUGAGAUCGAUCUCUCAUCUCUCCGUCUUGCUAUCUUUCUCCCUAUCUCUAAGUCGAUCAUUCCUGUAAAUUGUAUUGCUGGUAGGCUUUUCUUGUUACCUUUGCUGUUAAAGCCAUUUAGGAUUUUUCUAUUGCCUGUGACCUGUUUGUGGAAAUGCCUCAAAAAGAUAUCACAGCUCACAGGGGCAGGAUUCUAGGUUCCCAGGUGAAAAGCAACAUGGAAGAGGGAGGAGGAUGAAUCUGAGUUUUUUUAGAGUAUUUCUUUUUUUGUAUUUGUAAUUGGAGAAUUUAGAUUAUUUACCACCUAAUUCUCUUGUAAUUGAGGCAUUCAUUUUCUAAAUCAUAUUUCUUUUGGCUAACUGCACUAUGAGCACCUGCAAACACCAAAAGGUAUACUAUUAGAGCAUGAUUUUCAUACAUAUAUAACAGAAGUUUCAGUAAAGCUCUACUGUAAUCAGAUUCUGCUUUAUUGAAUUGCAAUUUCUGGUUUAGUGAUACAGGAUUUUAGGUGACUAUGCAAUAAGGAAAUUCGUGCCCUUGUGUGCGUUUGGGGGCUGAUGUUUACAAAAUAAUAAUCACUAUGUUGAGGAUGUUAAAUGGAACUUGUUUGCUCUUUAUAUUUAGCAUUGUCUUGCACUAUGUCUCUUAAGGGUUAUAUUAUACGAGUUACAUCAUCCAGAAUUGGACUAGAAGUAGAACUUCAUAUUUGGAAGUGGAAUUACCAGUCUAAUUCGGAUCAUAAUAUAACAGUCAUCAUCCCCUAACAAAUUUUGACCACUAGCAGCUACAUGGCACAGGUAACAGGUAAUUUAGUUCAUAGUAUAUAUUUGCCAUAAGGCAUGCAGAUAGGGACUAAGCCCAGAUCAAUUGGUGAGAGGUGUGGAUGUACACCACCAUCACCAAAGUUCAGAAACCUCUUGGACUCAACUUGGGUCUCUAUUUCUUCUCUAUUAAUUUGAUACCAAGUUCCUUUUUAGUAUUUGUUUUUGUGUCAAUCAAUUAAUCUUCACAAAUAUAACGCAAGUGUUCUUGAAUCUUAUAUAAUAUCUUUUUCUAUGAAAUCACCCAUUUCUAACAAAAGUUCACUAUUUAGCCUUAAAAGUCAUGUGCUGAUUCAUUUUCCUUCCUUAUCGAGUGGCCUAUAUUGUAUGGCAUCCACAGGUCUGUCACAUAUUUUACUUUUUUUCAGAAGGCUCAGUUCUUACAACUAUGGCCGAAGUACUUCUGUCAAGUUUUGCCGUGUCAAUUAUUGGAAAAAUAAUUUUGUUUGUUAGUGAACACGGUUUGAUGGGGAUUAAAUCAGACAGGAGUGUGCAUCAAGAACUGGGGAAGCUACAGAAUUCGUUGCAAGCUAUUAGUGGAGUUCUUCUAGACGCAGAGAGGAAGCAGAGUACUUCUAGUGCACUCAAGGAAUGGCUGCGAAAACUGAAAGAUGUCAUGUAUGACAUAGAUGACAUUUUGGACGAUGCGUCAACUGAAACUUUGAAGCGCAGAGUUAGCAAAGAUGUGGUUACUCAAACCAAUUGUGUACAUAUUUCUCGAUUGAAAUUGAGAAGAAAAUUGCUCAAAAGGAAGAAGAAAUGGAGCAGCAGAAUAAGAGAAGUUCAUGAAAAGCUUAACGAAAUAGCCGCUAGUAAAAAGGACUUUGGACUGACCGAUUGGACAGUGGGUGGUCAGUGUUCUGAAGAACCAGAAAGAGAAUCAUAUUCUUUUGUGUAUCAACCUGAUAUAAUUGGAAGGGAUGAUGCUAGAGAUGAGAUUGUUAGUAAGAUACUAAGAGCAGCAGAACAUCAUGAUAUUUUUGUGCUUCCUCUGCUUGGGCUUGGAGGCAUUGGGAAAACUGAACUAGCAAAUAUGGUGUAUCAUGAUCAACAAAUCAGGGAGAGGUUCAGCAAGAUGAUGUGGGCCUGUGUCUCUAAUAAAUUUAAUCUGAAAAAUAUACUACAAGAUAUAAUCGAGUCUGCCAGUGGUGAGAGUUGCAAGCAUCUAAACUUGGAACAUUUACAAAAUAAGCUCAGGGGAAUUCUGCAGAAUGGAAAUUAUUUCCUGGUAUUGGAUGAUCUGUGGACUCGUGAUGUAAAUGAAUGGAGAGAGCUGAGGAAUUUGUUGUCAAGUGGUGCAAGGGGUAGUGUGAUAAUUGUUACUACACGCGAAAAUGUUGUUGCAUCUAUGGUUGGUACCUCAGACCCGUACAAGGUGGGUGCACUCCCUUUUCAUGAGUGCAUGCAAAUUUUUACCAGAGUUGCAUUCAGACAAGGUGAGGAAAAUAAAUAUCCGUGGUUGUUGAAAAUUGGAGAGUCCAUUGUGAAGAAGUGUGCUGGAGUACCACUGGCAAUAAAAUCAUUGGGUUCUCUACUAUUUACCAUGCGUGAUGAAACUCAAUGGCUACGUGUUAAAGAAGACCACUUGUGCAAAAUUGUACAAGGUGACAGAGAUAUAAUGCCAGUGCUAAAGUUAAGUUACAAUGCUCUUCCAGCUGCCCUUAAACCAUGUCUUUCCUAUUUAUCCAUAUUUCCUAAGGACUUCGAAUAUUACAGAAGAUGCAUAAUCAUGUUUUGGAUGGCACAUGGGCUACUGAACUCGAACAAAUUGAGUGAAGAAAUAGAUGUUGGUAAUCAGUACAUUAUUGAAUUGAUAGGAAGUUCCCUUUUUCAAGACUCUCUAAUUACUUUUGAUGGAAGCAUGCCACAUUGCAAGUUACAUGACAUUGUACAUGAUCUUGGUAGAUAUGUUUUGGACACAGACCUAGCUGUUGUGAACUGUGAAGGGCAACAAGUCUCAGAAACAGUCAGGCAUCUAGUAUGGGACCUUAAGGAUUUCACACACGAGCAAGAAUUUCCCAGGCAUUUAAUCAAAGCAAGAAAAGCUCGAACUUUUAUUAGUUCGUGUAAUCAUGGUUCUUUAAGCAAAAAAUUUCUGGAAGUGCUGCUGUCCAAGUUAUUGCUUCUACGUGUAUUGAUUAUAUCCGGAGUUAGAAUUGACGAACUCCCAGAUUCAAUUGGAAAUUUGAAGCACUUGAGGUAUCUUGACCUCACCUGGAACAAAACCAUAAAAUACCUUCCCAAUUCCCUAUGCAAGCUCAUAAACCUUCAGACACUUGAUCUUUAUCGAAGUGACCAACUAAUCGAGUUGCCGAGAGAUGUAAACAAGUUAAUCAGCCUCAGGUACCUGAGUUUGACAUCGAAGCAAAAGCAGUUGCCAGAAGCAGGACUUCGUGGCUGGGCUUCACUAACAUCCCUGCAGCUUCACUCAUGUAGUGAACUAACAUCACUGUCAGAAGGGAUUGGCUCGUUGACUGCCCUACAGAUGCUGUGGAUCAGUGAUUGCCCAAAGCUUCCUUCUCUCCCAGCCAGCAUGACACACCUCUCCAGUCUGCGAGAGCUGUUCAUCGACAAUUGCCCGGAGCUGGAUUUGAUGCAUCCAGAGGAGGCCAUGGAUGGGCUAUGGAGUCUUCGAUCAUUGCAGAUCAUUGGACUUCCAAAGCUAGAGCGUCUUCCUGACACUCUUUGUUCUGCCUCGGGUUCUCUUCGGUAUUUAUUGAUUGAGCAAUGCCCCAAUCUAAGGGAGCUUCCAAGCUUCAUGCAAGAUCUCACUAACCAUCAGAGGCAGGGGGGUAUUCAUUAAGGAUUUCCCGAGCAUAAUUAUAUAAAGGGAUGACAAUUAGUUGAUUACUAUCUCCCCAUAAAAUCUUCAUGGAGGUAUAGAGCUUAUGCUAAAAGAAAAGCCCCACAGGAAGUGAAAUAGAGAGGACCAAAGUACACACUAGCUGGGAUGAAAAACAAUAACUGAGACUGCUCAUAAUUUGUUAACCGAAUAGGCCACAAGUUUGAAUUACGAUGCUCAUUAGGGUGAUUGUAAGGUUGCUCUUUUUGAAAUGUAUAGUGAUGCUCUGAAUACCAUGUCCCUGUUUCUAAAUUGUAAUGAUGCAUUUCAAAUGUGCCAUGUCUAAUUCAGUUUAUGUUUUUCACAUGUUUAAUUAUUUCAGACCUUAAUUGAACUUAUAUGGUCGUUCGAAGUCCUGUUUGUAUAGAAAUUUCAGUUUAAUUCC